AUGUUCAAGAUCGCCUUCCCAUGGGCUAAACACUCGGAGGAGGCAGAUGAGCGCGAGUAUCUCCGGACGCGUCCUGAAACCAGCGAAGACGAGAUCGCAGGAAACGUAUGGAUUUCGCCAGAGCUAGCUCUUGAACUAGCAAGAGAAUAUGGCAUCGUGACAUGGGUUCGCGCUCUCCUGGAUCCCACAGAUAUCCUAGAACGCGGGGACAGCUCGUCACCGGAUGCAGAGGCGAUUCCGGAGCCUCCCAAGUUUGACUUGCCGCCGCUUGACGCACCGCUCCUCUCCCCACCUGAAGAGACUACCGCCCGUGGUAGAGGUAGACGGUCAGCUUCACCAUCCAAGUCCGCUUCAGGCCGGAAGAUGGCCAUUCCCCGCAAGUCGCGAAGGGCGCAGAAGGAGUCCAAUGCCAAUGCCAGUAGUUCUCUUCAAACUAGUCUAGACGCUGCUGCCGCUUCCCCGGCUCCCAAGAAGCGUGAUGAGGAGGAAAAAGAGGCUCCCGAGGCCAAUGGCCAUGAUGAAGACGCGGAAGAGGAAACCACCCUUGUCAAGAGACCCAAAGAACGCGUUACUGUUGAAAUCGAGUCGAAAGUGGAUGCUGUAGGAGAUUCGGAGAGUGCCAUUACCAAUGUCACUGUUCAGAUGCCCGCCGGCAUCUCCGAUUUGCCUAUGCCAGAGAACACGGAGAAGAUGCUGGAAACAGCCAAGGAAAUGGUAGAAGAGGCUACCAAACUCCAGGAGCAGAAUGAGGAGACCGAAGAACAGGCUGGAUCUCCUGCUGCCAAGAAAUCUUCUCGGAAACGAAAGGCUGAGGAGAUAGUAGUGGAAGAGGAUGAGGAGGAGGCUGAAGAUCCUCAUGCCUUGAAGAGAGCUAAGAUACUUGAAGACAAGCUCAGAAACGAGAGAGUACGGAACCGUGCUCUAUUCGGUGUUACUGCCACUCUUGCCAUGGCGUAA